CCAAAAUGUUGCCAAAAUGCGUGAAGAAUGCUUGAAGUGUGAAGUGGGACAUCAGUGGGAUGAGGUGUUGGGUAGCAGUGGCGGGGUAGAAAAUCACAAGUUCUGUCAAGUGACGAGGUUCGGUUCGACUUAAAUUUUGGUAGCAGUUGAAAGCUCCGGUUCAGCAGUUUGCGAAAGUGCGGUAUUCUGACCACAAAUGUUUUGUGAGAGCUUCGAGUGAAUUUUUACAGCAAGACAUGGCGGAAAAUUUGGGAAAACGUCCGUCUAAGGGUAUUCUGAAAUCGUCAAGUAGUUUUGACUCACAGGAAGCACCUAGCAGAGCGAGUAAAGAAACAAAAUGGGAUGAGAUGAAUAUUAUUGCUACACUGCAUCCUGCUGACAAAGAUUAUGGCCAUAUGAAAAUCGAUGAACCGAAAACCCCCUACAACUACGAAGGGGUUGAAAAUUCACAUGAAAGAGAUCAGCUAGAUUCUUCAAUAAUUGCUGCAAAAUUAGCCGGAAAUGAUAAGCCAAAAAUAUUGGAGGAAUCCUCAGAUGAAGAAGAUGAAGAGACGCCCGAAGAGAGACAAAAAAGAAUAGCAUUCGAACAAAAACGCAAAGGCCAUUAUCAAGAAUGGCAAGCAGUUCAGUUGGCGCGAAAGUCAAUGCAAGAAGAAAGUGAUGAAGAUGAUGCUGAAGACGAUACGGAUUCAAAUUUUAGAUCCAAGCUUCAUUUCGUACGAGGCUGUUAUCGAUUUGUGAAAACACGCACUUCUGCUACUAUUCGAAAGGAGAGAAACUAAAUCAACUUUUCAAAUCGUGCGAUACGUCGUCAUCAACUUUUCUUCCGCUUUUUUUGCUUAUGGCUAUAUUUAUACGAUGAAAACAAUAUGGUCUACACGCCCAUACAAUUGAAUAAAUAGUUUUAAUUUGAUUAUAAUCAACUCCGUUACAUGUUCUAAUCAUGUUUAUUAUUUUUUCAUUACGAUUCCAUCCACCCACCCUCCCAACCCGAUCGAUGAAAAAUAAUAUCAAGUACAAAAAGUGGGACUAAAGACCGUCAUCAGGAACCCGCGUCGUCAUCAUCUUCCAGAGGAGGAUGUUCGGCAUGCGGUGCUCCCAAAUCCAAAUCCGGCUCAUCCCCGGCACGUAGCUUUCGAAAAUGAGGAACCAAUUUUUUUCAUCUUCCCGUCUACUUAUUCAGUUGGCAGUAACGUUCCUUGGUUUAUAACGAUGCGUCAAAUUCCAUUCAGAUCUCCAGAACGUGAGUUGGCUCCAAUAACUAUUUUAUAUACUUAUGCAAAACUCACCGGGUUUCCCAAUGAUUUUCAAUUUUCAACGUUAUACGACACACUCAAAUUUAUCCUCAACUCGGUUUAUUCGCCCUUAUUUAAUUUACAUUAAAUCACGUAUCUUUGCACUUUUGAUUUUUACUCAUUAUCGCUUCUUUACGCGUAUCUUUUGAUUGACAAUGGAUUUAUUCGAUCAAUAAUUUAUUUCGAUAAUUUUUCGAUUAAUCCGCAUUUGUGAAACUACAAGAGACAAAGACCAAAAGUCAAACGACUUUAUGAGGUUUUAUUUCACAUGUGUAUUGUUGUGUCUCUGUACCAAUUAGAUAGAAAAUGUAGUUCCUGUUCCAAAUGUAAAAAUUCAUGAGAGAUUACAUGACCGUAAAACUGCGUCGAUAUAAAUUACAUUUUUUCGCGAACGGCCGCAUGCAAAUAUUUAAUUGGAUGUUGAUUAAAUUCACGUCUGAUACAUGAGAUCGUUAUCAAUGGAAGAUAAUCAGCACCAAUUUUAAUUAAUAUACCUUCGAUAUCAAAAACAAGGACCACUCUAUCAUAACUUACGACUAAUUAGCAUGAAUGGACAAAAAAGUUUCAAGGAAAAAAAAAUUAACAAAUAAAUAAAUAACAAAAUUAAGUUUUCAAGAUUUUAGUUCGACAAUUAUUCUUGUCAUUCCGUAAUUGAACUUUUCCAUCAAUAAUUAAAUUCGAAUGGUAGUAAUCUGAUAAUAUAGCAGAA